GUGGGCGGAGCUCGUCGGCUUCGCGCUGCCUGGCGUGUCGCGCUGAGUUUUACGUCAGAGGCGAGCGCUGCACGUGCUUGAACAGCUGCUUAAAGGAGCCCGGCGCGGCAAACCGGCAGAAGGAGCAGCGCGGUGUGAGAGAAACAAUAAGAUUUAACAUGAAAGGAAAGAAGAACCUGAAAAGAAGCUCUCCUGUCGAGGAAAGCAACGGGACUGAAGAAAUCAAGAAACCUAAGCUAGUUACUCAUAGUUCCCACAAAUCUGUUGGAGGCAUUGUGCUGGCUCUUGGCCAAGGUGACGUAGGUCAGCUGGGUUUAGGAGAAGAUGUCAUGGAACGAAAGAAGCCAGCACUGGUGACUCUCCCAGAACCAAUAGUCCAAGCCGAAGCUGGAGGAAUGCACACCGUGUGUCUUGGCGCCUCUGGGAGUAUUUAUACUUUUGGCUGUAAUGAUGAAGGAGCUCUGGGCCGGGACACCACAGAAGAAGGUUCAGAAACUAAACCAGCAAAGGUCAAUCUGGCUGAAAAAGUGGUGCAGGUUUCAGCAGGAGACAGUCACACUGCAGCAUUGACGGAGGAUGGUCAUGUGUUCCUUUUUGGAUCUUUCAGGGAUAACAAUGGUGUCAUAGGUUUACUGGAGCCAAUGACGAAAAGUAUGGUGCCCAUACAAGUGAAUAUAAAUGUACCAGUUGUCAAGAUCGCCUCAGGGAAUGAUCAUCUUGUGAUGCUUACCUCUGACGGAGAUCUCUACACAUCUGGCUGCGGAGAGCAGGGUCAGCUUGGCAGGGUACCUGAGAGAUUCACCAAUCGCGGAGGGCGUAAAGGCCUAGAGAGACUACUAAUUCCUCAGUGCAUCCACUUGAAGGCAAAGGGGUGUGGGCGUGUUGUGUUUCAGGAUGUAUUCUGCGGUGCAUACUUCACUUUUGCAAUCUCACAGGAAGGCCAUGUUUAUGGUUUUGGCCUUUCCAACUAUCAUCAGUUAGGGACAAAGACUACAAACUCCUGCUACGCACCUCAGAACUUGACGACAUUCAAAAACUCCACCAAGUCUUGGGUGGGAUUUUCAGGAGGUCAGCAUCAUACAGUUUGUGUGGACUCUGAAGGAAAUGCGUACAGUCUUGGCCGGGCUGAAUAUGGCAGACUUGGCCUUGGGGAGAAUGCAGAAGAGAAAAAAGAACCUACACUCAUUCCUAACCUACCCAAGGUUGCCUCUGUGGCCUGUGGUGCUUCUGUCAGCUUUGCGGUGUCUAGAGAUGGUCAUGUCUUCUCCUGGGGUAUGGGCACCAACCAACAACUGGGCACAGGUGAAGAGGAGGAUUUGUGGAUCCCAUAUGAAAUGACUGGGAAGCAGCUGGAGAACAGAGAGGUUUUGACUGUGUCCAGUGGAGGCCAGCACACUGUACUUCUAGUUAAAGAUUGUAGCUAACAAACCUGAUUUUUCAGGACCAUCGGUUGGCUGAAUAAAGACCUCUUAGCCACGUCCAUUUAUCUCGUUGCCACUUUUGAACUUUUUAAUUGGCUCCUGAUUGUAAUAAUCAAGUCCUUGCUGGGGAGGUUUUGGACAUCUGCUUCUACUGUUCAUGUAUUCUCUUCCUGUGUACUGUCCAGAAAUGUAUGAAUCUACUUGGAGUCACUGCUCCCUCUCAAUUUUAACACCUUUAAUCCCCCAUGUUGAGCCCUGUCCCCAUGGCACUAACAUAUCUUAUCAGACUGCAAUCCAUUGCUUGCUAUGUUCUUUAGAUUUAUUAUACUUGUUAAAUAAUUUUAUUUUUUAAUACCCAAAGGUAUAAAAGCAAAUUGCUUUAUUUUUAUAACUGUGUGGUAUGGAUGUGCAUGACUAUAGGAAACUUAAAUUUCCUUUGCCAUUUAAUGUUUGAUUAAAUUUUACCUGACAGGGAUGUAAAAAAACUGUCUUUUGGAAUAAAUCUGUUUUU